ACAAUCCACCCAACCGUCCACCUGUUACUGAGAAGUCUUGAUUUUAAGCAGUUCGCUAUGAAAGUAGUUACAUCAGUGUAUUCCUGUUCUUGUGCUCAGAAGUAGGAAAGUUGUUGCAAGAAUAGCCGCGAUGAAAGAGUAUAUGUAUCUAUAAGAACCUGAAAUGCAGGAUAAUUAAAAAAAAUAUUCUGUCAGGUCUGAUAUUUCCAGUCACUAAGCUCAUUGACGAUAACGUUAACGUUAGAAGCUAGCUUGCUAGCGUUAGGCACAUACCGUUGUUGAAUGAGUGAAAGGGGUUUCUUGGACAGCAUUUGACAUUUGUAUGUAAUAUGUUGAUUCAAUUAUUUUUCCUAUAAGCAAUGAGGUGCAACCCAUUUAGAGUAAUUAGGUUUUACGUCCCAGUCAACUCACGGACAGAUAUCUAACAGUUGUUAACGUUAACUAUAACGUUACUAUUGAAUAUAGGUAAACAAACAAUCUUGUCUUAAAAUGACCGAGAAAAGCAGACGAGAUGUUCAGUUUCAAGGUAACUCAACGUGGGCACAGGACCAAAGUGAUGCUCAGGGACACAGAGCUCAAGAGAUACCUUGUUCUGUGACAAAAAAUGUGAAAGGUAUUUUUGAGGAAUUCAAAAACCUUUAUGAAGAGAGGCUGCGACGUCUCAAAUCUGGCACAGAAAGCUGCACAGAAGACAUGUUGCAGAAGAAAGUCCGGAUUUUUCAGUCCUAUGUGAAUGACCUAUGUGACCAGAACCAGCUGUUGGUACAGACUGUUGAAGACCUGGAGAAAGAAAGCAGAGAGAGGGUUACCUCACUUGAGAGGGAGUUAUGCAUCUCUGAUAAAACCAUCAAGGAUUUGAGCCAUCAGAGAAGAUGCCUGGAGGAGAGCUUGGACCGUAUGCUCGCUGAAAAUCUCCAGCUCAAGACUGAUGUGGACACCCUCGCACAGCUUGUUCAAUGGGCACAGCAAACCCACAGCCUUGAUAUUUCUGGGGUUAAACUACACUCUGUGUGUCUGGAGAGAAUAAUUCAGCCUGCAGCAAGAGAUCAUGGGCAGCAGGAGGACAUUAUGAGGCCUCAGCGCCAGGAGCCGCCCGAACUCCUGAAGGCCAGAGGAGGGAUUAUCCACAAUCUCCAAGAGGAAAUGAAGACGUUCUCGGACAAGACCACGCCAAAGAGGAAUGAGAAGACUGAUGCCUUGUCGCAGCUGCACGGUCGUGUCAAGUCUCUUGAGAAACUGCAGGCAGAAAAGGUGGCUGAGAUCGCCGAUAGAGACGUCACCAUCACACGACUCUGCCCACAGCUCCGGCUGGCGCAACAGGACACACAGAGCCAGAAGCAUGUGAAGUUGACAGAGACUGGCCUGCUGAAUGCGAGACGAGAGAAGCACACAAGGGACGAGGAAGAGGAUGAGGAGGAAGAGGACGAGGAGGUGGCAGCUGAAGUGGCCCAGCUGUCAGCUCAGCUCCAGCAGCUUCAGGCCGAGCUGGAGAAGACCAGAAGCCAUCAUGUACCUGCCACAGGCCAGACGGGAGGCCAGCUAGCGUGGGAGAGAGAUCCGCUCCGUGAAGACCGCCGGGGAAAAGCGGAGGAGAGAGAGGAGCACCGGAAACAGAUGAGUGAAGAGCUAGCCGUCUUAAAGGAGGUGGGCAGGCUGAAGUGGGCGGUGCAGGAGCGGUCUGAAGCUCUAGCGCAGCUGCAGCGGCAGCACCAGGACAGCGUGGAGGAGAACGGGCGCCUGCAGGCUCGGCUGGAGGCCCAGACCCUGACCGCGCAGAGCCAGCAGGACGCACUCACCGCCGAGAUCAAGAACACGGAGAACACUUUCCACAAGCUCCAGCUGCAGCUGUCAGACAGGGGGGACAUUAUAGAACGUGCCUCAGAGAAGAUCCUGGGCCUGGAGCAGGACCUGGAGGAGGCCCAGGGCCGCUACUCAGCAGCCCUGCAGGAGCUGCACAGCCAGGGGGACCUGGUGGGGGCGCUAGAGAGAGAGCUUGAGCGGACGGGCGCGGCCCAGAAGGAGGCCACGCGCCAGGUGAGUGAUCGUGGGGAGCGCCUGACCCACCUACAGCUGGAGCUAACCUCUCUGCAGUCCUCACGGGAGCACACCAGGAGGGCCCUGGCCUUAAAGGAACACCUGGUCACCCAGCUGUCCCAGGAGAACCGAGCCUUGGGGGAGAACCUGGACUCCCUCCAGAACCAGUUUCAGGCCAGCGAGGAGAAAGUUAAUAGCCUGGGUUUAGAAGUUGGCACACUGAAGUCCAAAUUACAGGAAAAGACCGAACAAUCUCAACAGCUGCAAGAUCAAAUUCUCAAGCAGCAGGAGGCUCUAAGUAGGGCAGGCGAAACUUUAAAAGACACAAGGAAAGCAGCUGGCAAUAAGAUACAACGCAAAGACAACAAACUCAACACUCUGCAGAAGGAGCUGCAGGAAUGUAAAAAGCAGCACUCUGAUUGUAAAAAAGAGCAUGAGGCGAUGGUGCAGAGACUCCAGGAGGAGGCGGCCGAGCUGACCACCCAGGUCCAGCAGCGCUCCCGGGACCUCAGCAGCCUGAGCUCCGAGAGGAGCCGUCUGGACCUGGAGCUCGCCGUCGUCACCGAGAAACACCGCACCGCCCAACACGAGGUGAGCUGUCGAGAUCAAGUGAUUCUGCACAUGAAGACAGAAUUAAGAGCCAUCGAGGAAAGACAUCAGGGAACACAAGAGGAGCUGGUGGCUCUGGAGGCAGAGGUCAGUAGGCUUAAUGAGGUUGUGAGCAGGCAGCGUGAGCAGCUCGGGGAGGCGGAGCAAAGCUGUCGCCACGCCCUCCUACGCCUGCAGCAGGAACAGCAGGACAAACAGAGAACUCACAGCCACCUACACAACACUCAACUACAGCUGAAGAGCCAGACGGAGUCUGCGUCUGCCCUGCGCUCUGAGCUGGAGGCCCUGAAGCAGGCCCACUGUGCUGACGAGCAGCGCUGGAGCCAGAAGGCCGUCCUGCUGCAGGGCCAGCUGGAGGAGACGCACUCCCGGCUCCGAGAGGCCCAGGCCCUGGCCAGGCAGCAGCGGCACGCCCUCAAGAAGCUCAGGAGCCAGGCUGACCAGGCUCAGACACAGCUCCAGCAUGCACAGGGCAAGGUGAAGGAGGAGGAGGAGAGGGUCAAGACCCUGGAGGGUGAGCUCACCUCUCUGAGGCAACAGCACGACGGCUUACAUCAGAGGCUGGAGGGCGUCACGGCCGCCACUCAGGACCAGGACGCCACGGCGGCCAUUUUGAAGCAGAAGUACACUGUUGCCAUGGAGAAGGUCCAGCAGCUCCAAGAGCAACUGCAGGCCUCUGAGGAGGAAGUGCGCUACUCUAGGAAGCAGGUCCUUGAAGCACAAGAAGUCAUCAGCAGCCUGAGAGAGGAGAAUGGCCGCCUGGAGGCUCGUGACGAGGAGAAGCGACGGCAGGUAGAGAACGCAGAGGAGGCCAUCGACCACCUGACCGAGGAGCUCCAGGCCACCCUGGACGCGCUGACCAACAGCAGUGAGCGGCGCGCCGACGGUGACCGUGCCAUCGAGAAACUCCGCGCAGAGUUGGAAGACAGACAGGCCAUGAUUGCCCAGUAUGAAAAAAGAUGCCUUCAGCUUGAAACUGACCUCAGCACCAUCCAGCUCGGUCACUCUCAUCCCAACGAUGACUACGAAGCUCAGAGGAGGCAAAGAGAUCUUUACCAGAAGGAAGUGACCCUGUUGAGGCAGCAGCUUGAAGAGCACGGCCAGAGGAGCGUGGAGAGCGACAGCCUCCUGGCGCAGCUGCACGAUGAGGCCCAAGGCUUGAGAGCGGAGCUCCGCAGCAGGGCCCAGGAGAAGCAGGAGCUGGACAGGGCAGUGCAGUCCCUGCGUUUGGGCCUGGCCUCUGCUCAGAGUGAGCACAGAGCCGCCCUUAGCCGGCUGCACCAGGAGGCCCUUGACCUCCAGCAGGAGCUCGCCCUCACCCGCAACACCUGCACCCUCAAGGACCAGGCCGUCAAGCAGAGAGAUGAGCUGCUGCGGCAGGCUGAGGUCGACCUCCAGCUGGCCCAGGAGGCCAUGCGUGCGGCAUCCCAGGAGGCCGAGGGGCUGAGGGCGGAGGUGCGGAGCGCCCGCCAGGAGUCGUGCAGCCAGCAGCAGGAGAAGCAUGUGCUCAGCACACACAUCAGUCGGCUCAGCCAGCAGCUGCAGACAGCACAGGGCCUGUACAGGAACAUGGCCCAGGCCCUGGCUGGUCAGGAGGAGCGUGUGGAGCUGCUGGAGUCUGGUCUGAGGAGUGCAGAGGAGCGUCUCAGCGAGCGUGUGGCCCACAGCGUCCGGCUGGAGCACAGUGGACACAAGAGCCACAGCCAGCUCAGCCAGAUGCAGGAGAUGAUGGUGCGUUUGCAGGAGGAGGCUGCGGUGGCUCAGCUGUCUCUUCAGCAGGCUCUGGAGGAGGCCAUGCAGCAGCAGAUGCAGCAGCACACACUCAGUCUGGAGAGAGAGCAGGCUACCGAGGAGAUACACACACUCACACAACAGCUGCAACAGCAUGCAGGGCAGGUGUGUUCCCUGCGGCUGGAGCUUCAGCGGGAGCGAGAGGACCAUCAACAGGAGCUGGCCCAGCUCAAAGCCUCCGUCACACACCUGACCGCACAGGUGGAGACCCUCAGGGUCCAGAGGGACGAGCACGCCAACGCGGUGCGGCGGCAUGAGGGGAGUAUGCGUGAGCUGGCCGAGCAGCUGCAGCAGUGCCAGACGCUGAGCCAGGAGAGCGGCAGAGCGCAGGAGAGGAACGAGGAGCAACUGAGCACGCUCAGAGCAGAGGCUGACACUCUCCGGCAGAGGCUUGGCUGCAAGGUGGAGGAGGCCGAGGCUCUGAAGUGUGAGCAAGAGGCUCUGGAGAAGAAGCUGAAGGAGGCUGUCUCUGAGCUGCAGAGGCUAGCGGAGGCUCUGGAGGAGGCCCAGGCCCAGAACUCGCACCUCAGCCAGGAGAGUCAACUGUGCUCACCAACGUCAGCCUCUGGAUCAAAGAGCAGAAGAGAGCAAGUGAGAAGCUAUCUGGGAGAGUGAAAGACCAGAGCCAGCGGCUGACCGCCCUGACCGCCGAGAGAGAUAAUCUGCAGGCGAGUCGAGAAGCUCUAGAGGCUGAGCUAAACACCUUGCAAGCAGCGUCUUAUGAGCGGGAGCGAGAGCUGGAGCAUUUAAAGGCCAUCCACCACCACUCGGAUAAUCAACAGGCCCUUCUUAAUCAACUGCAAGGUCAGCUGGAGGCCGAGGAG